UCAAAAAGCCGGCGCAGUGAUACAAUAAUUUAAGCUAGGUGACCGGAACUUCUUUUUUCCCCGUGGGGUUGUUAAGUUUUAAUGCACAUCCAGCAGCCGAUCAGAAUCGAGUAUUCAACCAGACCAUGGUAUAAGACAUGCUUAUACAUUAUUUGUAAUUUAUGUCAAGGCUGUGAAUGGUUUAUGUACCAUUUGUAGUAGUUUGUUAAAUCUGGUCUGGGAUCUUCUUCUUUAUUUCUUUUGAUCAGUGCCCCAUUGACCACAUUGAUCAAAGCUCACUGCUCAAAGAUGCAGAUGAAAAUAAAAUUUACUAGUAGUGCAUUUUAUUAAAAUACAUUUAUUUACUUUUUAUAGGUCAUGCUUGGUGUACUUUGUGUAAAUGUGUUGUCAACUAUGGAUCCAGUGGCAAGAAGAGGCUCCAUGAGCAUGCAGACAGUGGGUCUCACAAAAAAAAGCGAGCAGCACAGCAGAAUCAGACCAAGUUGCCGUCAUCCUUCAUGUCUCCAAGCACUUCUCAAUCAGAGUGCCACUUCCCUUAUGGUGCUGCGUCAAAUGUAAAGCAUGAUGAUGUCAGGUGUGCCAAGUCUGCAGAGGAACCCCCAGAAGUUAGCAUGGUAGACAGAAGAUCCCAUGCCGAAGGCAGGACGCUGGCGUUUCUGGCAGAGCAGGGUUUACCACUAAGACUAGUACCUCACCUGAUCUCCUAUGCUAAGGAAAUGGCUAGGGAUAGUCAAGUCCUGAGCACACUGCAUAUGGAAAGAACAACAGCCUCAUACAAGUUGCGGGAGGGCCUUGGUCAGGCCUUACACGACACACUCGUUAAGAAGUUAACUGUUACCUUUUUCUCUAUUAACUCUGAUGAAUGCACAAGCACGGCAAAUGAAAAGGUUUUCAGUGUGCUUGUGUGUUUCUUUGAUGAGUCUAAAGGGGAGUCUGUCACAGAGCCACUCCUGUCGGCACCCAUUAAACGUGCCACAGCCAAAAUAGUGACUGAUGUCGUCACCAAAAAGUUCACUGAAGAGAACAUCCCUCUCGCAAACUUGAUAUCAAGCCUCUCAGAUUCAGCAAACUACAUGAGAGGCAAAAUAUCAGGUUUUGAAACCCAGCUUCGUAGCCUUGCACCCCAUCUUCUAGACAUCGAUGGAGAUGUGUGUCAUCAUGUGCACAACAUUGUUAAAAAAUUUUGUGCACCCUUUGGGAGAGAAGUGGAGCGCUUGUGUGAUGAUAUGUACACAGAAUUCAAGUUUGGCCCAGAUGUGCGAGAAUAUGCACAAGACAUCUCCUCAAUCUUGGAUAUUCAUUACAGGACACCUCUACAAAGAGUGCCCCAUAGGUGGCUGUCAGUGUUUGACACCUGUGCUGUCAUUGUGGACCUUAUGCCUGUUGUCACUGUCUUGUAUUAUCCCUUUGUGUCCAAAGACCUUCAGGGUGCCUACGAAGAAGUUGUAGACAAUCUGCUGGAGAAAUGCACAGACCGAUCCAAGAAAACCAUUAAGGAAAUACAACGGCAGUUUAAGCUAAAAGGAUCAACAUCUGAAGGAAAGGACCGAAAGGAAAGGAUUGUAGAACGUUUGUUCUACCAGCGUGAUAAGACUGACGUUCAUCUAUCAUUCUACAUGGAAUGUCUUCCCAUCUUUAAGUCUUUUGUCCUCAUCUUUCAAAAAGCAGAGCCAAUGGUGCAUACUCUCCACGAUGAGCUGAGGAAUCUCACAGACACCUUCUUGGCUUGCUUUGUAAAGCGAGACAAAGUGAAGAAAAUGAAAAGCUCAGAUCUGAAGAAGCUUGAUCUGCAUGACACCUCCAUUAUGAGACCUACAAAAGACAUUUAUGUAGGAUCUGAAACUGAAAAGCUUCUGAACAAAAUUGAGGAAAAAGUUGGUCCAGCCAUGGAAAUGUUGUCGACACUUCCUGUCAGUGUUCCAGGAUCUUCUAGAGUUACUUUUCCUGAACAGUUCAGGAAUAAAGCAUUAGAGGCUUACCAGUCUGCAGGAAAGAUGCUCCUCAGUAAAUUUCCGAUUGCCAACAGUUUACUGCGCAGGCUCUCAGCUCUGGAUCCCCGUGUUCUGGGGAAUGACAGUGCUUGCAAAGCAAUGCAGCGACUUAAGUUGAACUUUCCUACAGUGAUAAAAGAAGAGGAUUACAAUCCGUAUGAUUUGGAAUGUUCAAGGAUCAAUGUGGCUAACGACCUGCCCCCAGUUGGAGACACAUUUCGUUUAGAUCACUGGUGGUGGCAGGUGAUGAAGAAAGGGCAGUAUCCAUAUCUCUCCAAAGUUGUUAAGGCUGCUCUUAGCAUUUUCACAGGACCCAAAAUUGAGUCCUCAUUCAGUGGUCUCAAUGACAUUGUCGACAAAAAGUCAAACAGAUUACAUGUUGAGACCUAUCAUGCAUAUAUGCAGGUGAGGUACAGUUUAAAGUCAAAGAAUGCGUCGGCGCUGGAUGUGUACCAUCGGCAGGACAAUCGGAAGUCCCCUGUGGACAGAAUCCAGUGCCACUACCUUCAGACAGCUCACGGACGAUACAAGAGAAAAAUGGUAAAGAGACAAGAAGAGCAAGAAGAAAGGAGAAGAGCAAUGGGGGUGGAGUCUAGUAAAUCCACACAAAAAAAACAAGUGAACGAUGUCCACCAGAAGGCCAAACAGAUAAAGAGGAAAAUCCUCAGCCAGUCUAAAAGAAGAGCACCAGUUUCAAAGAAACCGCGAAAAGUGUAAACUGGCCUCUGUGUACAGUGUACAGUUCAUGUACAGUUCAUUGCUUUUCUAUAGUUCAAUAAAGAAAUGCAUGUAAGCAGUUUUCUUAUUUUGAAUACAUUUCUCAAUCUAUUUGUAUUUCCUAAUUACCAUGAUUUAGUUCAGUUUUGCUCAGAUUACUAAGUAUUUGUGUUUAAGAAUUGAUAUAUUAUUUAUGUUAUAGAAAGAAAGUUUAAAGCAGAUCCCAUAUUUU